UCAUGUCACGCGCGGGGCGUGUCGUGGCGCGCUUUGAAAUGAAGUGGCGGUAACUACUGUACGCGUACAGUGCCUUCGUUCGUCACUCCACUGCUGGAUGAGGCAUGCGUCGGGUGUGGGUCGCGCAUCUCACAAACAGCGACCAGGGCUCUUACGCCGGAGGCUCGUUUGACCAUACUUCACCACACUGGUCACUGCGCGCCCCCAUGGUGUGACCGGCUCCUCGGAUGGACGCCGCUCGUCAGCUGACCCGACAGCCGCGGCCAAAGACUCCAAAGGCGCCGUCUCGCCGGCUUCGUAAGCUUCGUGCGGCGGAUCCACAUCUCAGCCUGCGAAUUUCUCAGGGCUGCCUCUGGCCCCGCAACCUCAAGAGGGCCAAUGUCGGUGGUCGCCCUCCAGCUGGGCCAGUGCGGGAACCAGCUGGGCAGCACGUGGUUUGAUGCACUGAUUCAUGACGUGCGCCCCGCUCCGGGGCCGCCGAGAAACGACGAUGCGUGCUACCGGGAGGCGGCGUUGGAGCGAUACUUCCACAGCCCAGCCGGAUCCGGACUCCCCGAGGCACGGGCCGUGCUGGUGGACAUGGAGAGGAAGGUGGUGGCACGCAGCGUGGCCAUGGCGGCACGUUCGGGAGAGUGGCGCUACGCCGAUGGGGCAGCCGUUUGCCGGACCAGCGGCUCCGCCAACAACUGGGCGUACGGCUUUGCAGGGCCGGGCGAGCACUGCCUGUCGGAGGCAAUGGAGAGCGUGCGGGCGCAGGUGGAGCGCUGUGACCGCCUCUCGGGCUUCCUGGCGAUGAUGAGCGUCGCGGGCGGCACGGGCUCGGGCCUGGGCACGAGGCUGUGCAUUCGGCUGCGCGACGCCUACCCCAAGGCCGGCCUCCUCAACCACCUCACCUGGCCGUACAGCACCGGGGAGGUGAUUGUGCAGAACUACAACGCGGUGCUGACUCUGGCCCACUUGCACGGCUGCUCGGACGCGCUGCUCGUGCAGCAGAACGAUCGCACGCACCGCGUCUGCGCGCAGCUCCUGCGCCGGCCGGCCGUCUCCUUCUCGCACCUCAACGCGGUGGUGGCCGCUCAGCUGGCGGGUGCCCUGCUGCCCGCACGCGUCCGCCGGGGUCCUCCCGCCGGUGGGCCCACGGCCGGCGCCUACCUCCACGACCAGCUCGGCGAGCUGCUGCAGGCGUUGGUGCCGCACCCUGAGCUGAAGCUGCUCUCCCUGCACGCGGUUCCCCAGCUGCCCGAGUCCUCGCGCGACUUCACGCGCUACGACUGGAAGGGCCUUCUCUCGGAGCUGCACAGAGAGACCCAGAGUAAAGUCCCAACUCCGCCUACGUGCCCUGCCCCACCUCCGACCUCUCUUGCCCGUCUGCUGGUGCUGAGAGGGCCAGAUGCUCACUCUGCGCCGCUUGGCGAGCUGGCGGCAGGCGGCUCGCUGUGCCGCUGGGUGCCACCCGAGGCGGCGUUGACGGUGUGGAGCGAGCGGCGCGCGCCCACCGGCUACGGCAAGUCGGCCACGCUGCUCGCCAACGACACGGCCGUGAUCUCCCCCGUCGAGCACGCCGUCUCCAAGGCCUGGCGCAUGUUCGUGUCCAGGGCGUACGUCCACCAGUACACGCACCACGGCGUGUCGGAGGAGGACUUCCUCGACAGCUUCACCCUGCUGGAGCAGGUCAUAGCCAGCUACCGGCAGCUGUAGCUGGGACGCGGCUGAGUUACCGACAGCUGCAGCUGGGACGUGGCCGUCAUGGAGGGGGGGGGGGGUGGAGCAGGGGGGCUGAGCCGUCGACAUGGCGGAUCUCAUCGACGGCGCUUCCGAUCUGCGAUCCACGUGUUCCGGCCACAGGCGUCGCACGCAAGCGGGGAAAUCCGUCAGUGCGCUGUCGCCUGCCCCCCCGCCCCCCAGCUCCCCUCGCCCCCUCCCGGUGUUUUACCGGCUCGGCGCGAUGCUCUUCGAACCGAACCUCGUUGCUCAACUCAUGAACCAAGGGCGGUUCGACUCCCACUGGGCCGUGCAAAUGCAGCAGUCGUCGGAAUUUCCGUUGAACUCUGCUUGGAGUUUAAUGUUGCCCUUCCCCCGCACCUCCGAUUAGCACGGUUGGCUACGUAAGGUGCGAAAGAAGUUGAUCCAAACACCAUGCAUUCGUUUGUGUAGCUCUGAAACUCGAGCGUUCCAUUGAACACCUUCCCACACAUUGCCGAACCUGGCCACGUUGGCGAGAUGUUAACUACCUCGCCUGCUAUAUAGGAGGUCGUUGGUUCAAUCAUGACCGAUACACCUGUAUAUUUGGAGUUUGAAUUCUCUCUCCCCGUGGUCGCAUGGAUUUUUCUCCAGGUCCUCCGCUUUUUCCCACCACAUUUAGAAUCAACAUCACCACGCGUUUAGAGAGUAAUUAUCCGCUAUGCAUUUCCACGCGAUGAUAAGCCACUUCGUUGAGCUAUCAUUUGUGAUAGCCAGUUAAUAGAAUCCUGUUAAGUGAAUUUGUACAAAUGUUUUUUUAUAUAUUUGAAGAGAUGUAAUUAUUUAUUGAACACGAAGCUUUCGCGACCGAUGUGAUUACAUCCGUUUAUUUUGGGUUGCACCGUGUGGAUAUUCAGUGAUCUCUCAAAUUCAAGUAACAAAAUUGUCAUCGUUUUGCUUGGUUGUCAACAGUCCUGUACAAGCUGCAAAGCCAAGUCGAGUGGCACAUUUCCCCCCAUGACAACCUGAUUUGAUUGCCACUUCCACGAUCGAACCCAAAAGCAACGAAUUAUGAACCGCUAGAGACGUAAUCGGUGACAUCACAAUAAAAUAA